AACUACAAUAGUAGUUCUAUUGCGUAAAAUGAUGGAGAAGCUUUCGAGGUCACUUAUUUAGUAAUCUAGUGAUUAUUUUAAACCAGAACACUGAAAGCAGUCUUUUUAAACGCAGCCGGCCCCUUGUGGGCACAGGCUGCGAAAGGAGGUGAGAAUAUUUUUAGUCGACUUGUAAAAAAUGGCAAGCAACUCUUGAAGUCGGUUCUGCGUAAUGACGGCCAGCAGUCCAAGGGCGCGGAUCUACCAAAACAAACAUGGAACCUGAAAACGAAAGCAGUAGAGGCAAACAAGAAACCAUCAAAACUAGUGGGUGAUUUCGUCUCUAAAUAUGCAAAGAAAACGCUGGCUUCUGAAUUUCGACGUCAGACUGCCUUUCGCUUGAUCAGUAGACCUAACUGUAGGAAUGUUCCCACUUUCGGUUUUGUCACUUUGUCGCUUGGUGCAUCACUGGCCAAGAAGACAGACAACGAAGAUGCAUUCUCAGCUGGCAUUCGGGAACUGUUUCAUUUGUACACACCAAAGAUAGCAUUAAUGCAGUCUCAGCAGGAGCUGUCACUUGAGUCAUUAGAGCUAGGUCAACUGAUUGGCAAGGGAUGUAAUGCAGCUGUUUAUGAAGCCAGACCCACGAAUAUUGCAGGUUCCCAAGAAGAAGCAACUGCUGGAGGCAAUGUGGAAGAUCCAAUCCAGAAGUAAAUUCUCCUACUACAAAAGAGUAUCCUCUUGCUGUCAAGAUGAUGUUCAACUACAGUGUGGCCUCAGAUGCAGAACAGAUCAGAUCAGCUAUGGCGCGUGAAACAGUUCCUUCCCAGUGUUGUCCAGUGAAUGCCAUUGCAAACGAAAAAGACCAAGCCAAAACAAAGCUACUACCACUUCAUCCAAACAUAGUGAUCAUGCCAGGGUAUUUUGUCGACCAGACACCAUAUCUUUCAGGAGGUGCUGACGCUUACCCAGCUGCCUUGCCAAGUCGUCUGCAUGAAGGGGGAUUUGGGAGGAAUUCAACCAUGUUUCUGGUCAUGAAAAAGUACUCUAUGACAUUAAGAGAGUUUCUGGAAGAGAAUGAUAUUAGUAUGGCGACCAGAUGUGUUCUGUUCACUCAGUUACUUGAAGGUGUCCAGCACUUGCAUCAGCAUGCCAUUUCUCAUCGAGAUAUGAAAAGUGACAACAUUCUGGUUGAUGUCUCCAAUGGCAAGGAUCAACCAUGGCUAGCAAUCUGUGAUUUUGGGUGUUGCCUUAUGGAAUCUGAGCAUGGCUUCCAAAUACCUUAUACCACUGGAGAGGUCAGCAAAGGGGGAAACUCUGCUUUGAUGGCACCAGAAAUAAAGUGCGCAAACCCGGGGAAACAUAGUGUACUUGACUACAGCAAGGCGGACCUGUGGGCAGCAGGAGCACUGGCGUAUGAAAUUUUUGGGCUGGAAAACCCUUUCUACGGCAAGGAACACAAAUUAGACAGUCGUACAUAUCAAGAAAAGGAUUUGCCUAAACUACCAGAUGAGGUUCCCCUACUUGUGAAAGACCUGGUUUACAGUAUGCUGAAGAGAGAUUCCAGCAAGCGCCCAACACCAACCUUAGCCGCAACCAUCAUGCAGCUUCAUCUUUGGGGUGCUGUUUACCUUGAAAGCAUUCGUAGCUUGCCUAAACAGAGUAUCAAGCACCUGAAAUGGUGGCUGGAGCAGUUUGUUGUGCAAACAAUGUGCCAACUCGUUUUUCCAAAUUCUGUGGCCAGUGUAGAGUUAUGGCUGAAGCAUACCUUUCUGUGUCGUAUUACUCUACAGGACUUGCUGCUUGUCUGUGAAGACCAACAGUGAUAAAGCAUUGUUUCCAUUUGUGAUAAAAGACUGUUUUGUAGAUAAAAUAUUUAGGACUGUAAUAAUCUUAACUGUAAUGAGCUUUCUUUUUAAAUGCAUAUUUACUGUAGGACACAAUUUUCAUGCUUUCCGGUGUUGGUGUAGAAAGACUGUGUUGUCAGGCACAAACUAUUAUUUUUCAGAAAAUAAAGCAAUCUUUCCUUUUACUCUUUGUAGGGUUUUAUUCACAGUGUAUGCUUUUUAGAAAUGUUUAAUCAGGAUUCCCUGCAUCUUAUGUGAUAACUUUUUUAACAAGGCUUUGAAUGUGUAAUUUAUCUAUUACGGCAGUUAUAAAGUUUGGUAUCAGGUAUUCUCCCAGGCAGUCAAAAUUUGAGCAGUUACAACUAAGUCUAAAGUUUAUGUUGUUAAAAAGGGUUAGGUUCACAAGUUCAAUAAUUAUGGAUUUUUGGACAAAUUAAAAGUUUGCAUAGGUUACUUCCAAACUGUGCUUGUGGUUUCGGUAUGUGGACUGGACAGAUGAAGUUUACCUUGAAAAAAGUCAGGAAAGUCGGUAUUUUGAUUUUUGUCAAAGUAGUAUGGACCGUGUUUAUAGGGAAUGUGAACUUUUAGAGGGGAGAAUGUUUUUAGCACAUGAAAGGCUUUAGGACUUGGAUUGCCUAAGAAUGAUUGUGUGUUGAAACCAAUGGUAUUUUUGCAUAGUGUUGCUUUUGCAUAGACAGUGACUAAGGUUUCAUGCCAACCAUAAUCAAGAUCUAAUGGGUCAAUGUAAUAAAAUUAAUGAAAAGUUAACCUUAGGUAUAAGUAAUGAUAAUGUUGUAAAGCAGUCAUCUUUAUUUAAAAGUAUAGGCAAGCAUUUCAGAAGCAUUUCAACUUCAUAAGCAAGAAUAAAAAUGCCUUUGAAGGAUCAUAAA